AAAAAAUCAGGAGGCUGAUGCAGAAGAAGCACCGACUGUUCGUCCUGUUGAGUUGUCUUGUGGUCCAGUGCUAAUAGAACCAGCGUGUUCCAACUCUGAGAUACAGGGAGCCGCAAAGAUGAGAAGAGAUGAUGCUACUUCCAGACAUUUGGUGCCUCUUUCUGAUGAUAAUGAAAGCGAACAGUCAAGAUCUAUUCAAAGAAAGAGAGUGCUUCCAUCUUGGAUGCUGGAAAGAGAUCUCCUGGUUCAGAGGAUUUCUGAGCCUGUAAUGAAAGGAGGUAGUAGAACGAAAAAAGGCCAAGAAAGGGGAGAAACUAACAUGGAGUCAUUAAAAUCGGAAGUAAGUGUGCAGCAGAAAAAAAGAUUAGCUUCUGAAGAAACUAUAGAGGAUUUUGAAGGUGAAGAGCAAGAUCAAGGGAAAAGAAGCUGUCUUUCUAUCCCUGUCCCUUCAUCUCAGAAUACAUCUGGAUUUCCUCUUGAGAGUACCAUGGGAAACAUGGAAGGAAAUGACAAGACUGGAACAAAAAACCCUGGAAGUUCUCUGGAAAAAAAUGAUAGGCAGCUGCAUAGUAAAUGGUCUAAAAGAAUAGGUCAGAUCUCCAGUAAAACAAAUAUAAAUGAGGAAACAGAAAACAAAGAGCAGAUUACUGGUUCUACAAGCCAACAAGCUCACUGGGGCAGGACUUCCCAAUAUUUGGGUGCCCAGGAAGGGAUUCUUGAGCCUGAUGCAAAUCUGGAUUCCAAGACUGAGAUUUCUGAUUCAACCAGAAGUGCAGAUACUUCAGAAAGCUCCAGACAGAUCAAGCGUAAGAGGACACCUUGCAUGUAUGGAACAGGCUGUUACAGGAAGAAUCCUGUUCACUUUCAGCAGUUCAGUCACCCUAAUGAUGAUGACUACCAUGAAGCAGAGAUCGGAACUCCAGGUAGCAAUGAUAACCGGCCGGAAUGCCCGUAUGGAACCGCUUGUUACAGGAAGAAUCCACAGCACAAGCUAGAAUACAAGCACAGCGCGCCUCCAGUAACUGAAAAAAAAACCCGACAACGAACUUCAAGGAAUGGAAAAAGGGCUGUGGAGAAAGACAGUGCCAAGGAUGAUGAACCAAAUGAAUAUGACCUUAAUGACAGCUUUAUAGAUGAUGAGGAAGAGGAAUGCGAUCCUACUGAUGAAGACUCUGACUGGGAACCAAGUUCAGAAGACAAGGAUAACGAAGAUGCUGAAACACUUUUAAAAGAAGCACGUAGAUUUGUUAAAACCAAAAAGUAG